UUAAGGGAGAUAAACACAAAACGAAAGUAGCAAUAUAUCUCAUAGAUAAACCCAUUUUAGAUAGUUUAAACCUCUCAACUCACGGUCAAACGCGCUCAAAGCAUUAAGAAACAAGUUAUAUUUUAUGAAAUCUUGCAGAAAUGCCGCCGCACCCACACUGCCACUGGAGGGAUUCUCAGGCUUGGAAGCAGCUUGGACUGGAGAUGUCCACUACAAGUGACGAGGCAUGCAAAAUGUAUGAUGCCAUCUUGACCCAGGUGGUGAAUCACUUUGAUGAUGGAGCUCUUGGGGGAAUGGCAAAAUGUCUGGAAAGGAUGACAGAGGCAGAUCCAAAUUUCGUUCUUGGUCUUGCAAUGAAGCACAGUUUCAACCUGCAGUUGAUUCACCAUAACUACACCCACGCCCAAGAGGUAUACCACAUGAUGGAGUUGUCACAACAACCACAUGUGAAACCAUGGGAACGGAAACAUGCAGAGGCAACCAAGCUUCUAAGCGAGGGAAAGUUUAACGAUGCUUGUUCUCUGUGGGAGGAUAUUCUACUGGACCAUCCAAAGGACCUGUUGUCGCUUAAGAUGCUGCAUGAAAUUUACAUCAUCAAUGGGAACUCGUGUGGCCUCCGAGACAGCAUUGCAAGGGUUGCACCGUAUUGGACUCCAGAUAUGCCGCACUAUGGAGAUAUGCUGGCAAUGUAUGGAUUUGGCUUAGAGGAAACAAACAUGUAUGAUGUGGCAAGGCAAAAGGCUCAGCAGGCGUUGGAGAUCAACCCCUACAAUGCCUGGGCUACUCAUUGUUUGGCUCAUGUGAACGAGAUGACGGGAAACCACAAAGACGGCCUUGCGUUCAUGGCUGAGACAGAGGCAAACUGGAAUUAUACAAGCCUGAAAUCUCACAACUACUGGCACUGGGCACUAUAUUACCAUGAAAUGGGUGACUUUGAAUCCGCAGCUGGUCUCCUUGACAACCAGAUUUUACCAACAAUGAAGGAAACAAAGUCCUGGUUUGCGCUGACAGACGCGGCUUCAUUGUGCUUCAGGCUGGAGGCAGAAGAUUACGAUAUCGGAAAUCGCUGGCCCCAGUUUGCGGAAAUAGCUAAAGACAACAAAUAUAACCAUGUGAUGCCUUACGCAGACUUCAACGUUGCACUCGCUAGUUUGAGAGGUGGGGAUUGGGAAAGCGCACAGGGCAUGUUAGAAGGUCUGAAGAAAGUUGUCAAAAACAAUGAAGGUGAUAUAGCAAGGGCGUAUAAUGAAGUCACUAUUCCCGUUAUUGAGGCUACUAUGGCCUAUGAGAAGGGAGACUUUGAUCGUGCUGUGGACAUACUGAAGCCAUUGAAGUAUCAGAUGUAUAGAAUGGGUGGCAGCCAUGCCCAGAGGGACAUAUUCAACAAUUUGACUAUUCAUGCUGGUUUGCGCUCAAAGCGACCAGAAAACCAAAAUUUUGCAAGUCAAUUACUUCACACAAGGAAACAACUGAAAGUAAACAGUCCUCUUGCAGACAGACUGUUGCUUGGGCUUGCAACUGCCUAGCUAGUGCUAAGGGUCAUUCAGAGGAGACUUUUGUAAAUAUUGAACAGUCAGAAUAGCAGUAGACUAUCAUAUUUAUUAUGUUUUUAAAAACCUUGUAAAGGCAAUUGAUAUGUGAAAGGCUUAUCGGUAUAUGUGUUACUUGCACACAAAAUAAGUGGGAAAACAUAGAUAGAACUUUUAUUUAUUAAAAUGGACAGAAACCAUUAAUUGUUUUUACCUAUAUUUUGAGGAUGUCCAAAAACAAAACAAUAAAUACAGUACUUGUUGUGUUACAGACAAAAUGAUUAACAUCGAACAAAAGAAGACUACUAAACUGUAUUUACUUAUUAUUAUUGUUAUCAACAUUAAAGGAUACAUUUUGUUUUGAUGACCAGUUAUUGUUUUACUGUAACAAGUAUUAUUUAAACAUGUAUGAUGAAUAAAUAAGCAGCUCUUA